AUGGAUAACGUAAGUUUGAUGACUAGUCAUUCUCGUCACACAUCGAAAGUCCCGUUGUCAUCAAAUCGUAAUAAUCCUGCAGCAAAUCUUCCUGCUUUGCAUAUACCUCCGAUGUCUGAUGCAGCAAUGAAACGAUGGUGCGAUGCUCGCGAUGCAUAUCUCGGCCAUCAGUAUCCAUAUGUACAAAGUCAACAAGAGACGAAAUUCAAACCAAAAUUAAGACAUAAUUAUGAAACAAUAUCGAUUUUUACUAUUGAAUCGGAUCGACUAAGUAAAACCAAUCUUCGUCAAUCAUUACAACAGCAGCAGAAAACUCGGAUAGUACAUGAUCAUUUCGAUGAUAAGUGUAUCGGAACAGAGUCAAAUGAAAAAAAUACAUUUAAAACAGAUAUUGAACAAGUAGAUGAAGCUAUUCAAGUCGAUUUACCAUCCCCGCAAUUCGAAUUACAUCAUGAAUAUGAUACGACUAUGGUAGAUGGUGAACAACAACAACAACAACAUACAAAAGCCAAUGUGGAACCGAUUGAAUAUUGUGAUAAAGCAGUAGAAACAGAUCCGAUUUCGAACAAUGAAACUGAGAAUGUUACUACGCAAACAAACACGGAAAAAUCCGAACCACCUUAUGUUAGUCAUCGGUACUUUGAUGAUGACGAUGAUGAUACGAAAACGAUUCUUUCAUCAACUGAUUCAAAUGUCUCAUUUUCUGAACAAUUCAGAAGAUUACAACAUCGAUUCAAGCGAUUAUCGAAAGAAAGACGUUUGUUAAGUUGUCUUCUACUUAUUUACGUUCUUAUUAUGUUAGGUUUACUCGUUGUGAUAAUUUUUCUAAUAUGGACAUUUCCAGGAAAAUCGUUAGUUCUUGGCCAAGAAGUCACUCAAAUUAACUCUGCUGUUAUUGAAGGCGUGGCGCAGUAUGGUGAAGCGUGUACGAAUAACAAUGAUUGUAAACGACCUUUUACAUGCUUUAAAAACCGAGCAUCAUCAUCAGGUAUAUGCCGAUGUGCAAUAAACUACACUUUAGUUAACAACCAAUGUAUUGGCGAUCUGGAUGCAAUAUGUACGAAAGAUAAGGAUUGUCAACGAUAUAUGCUCUGUUCAGGUAUGGAAGAUCGGACACGACGUUGCCAUUGUCAAAACCUGUAUCAUUAUGAUUUCGAUCGAAAGCAGUGCCGUGGUGAAUAUGAUGCACCAUGUCAGACAACAACUGAUUGUCUCUCUAAUUUAAUCUGUAACAAAACAGCAACAGCGUCGACAUGUUCAUGUGAACUGAAUUAUCGAUAUUACUCACUGGAACAUAAAUGUCGAGGAGACUCAGGCGCAGUUUGUGAACAAGCGACUGCCGAAUGUAUUGAAAAUGCUGAAUGCCGCGAUGGCGCAUGUCAAUGUGCAUUUCAAUUUAUACCGGACGAAAGUCAAAGAUGUGUCGAUCCAUGCCCAAGAAUAGAACCGAAUCCAGUGAGAAUCCGUUAUCCUGGUAAUUGCCGACGAUUCAUCGAUUGUCAACAGAGAACGAAAGGUGAAUGUCCGCAGAUGACGAUAUUCAAUUUUCGUACUCAACUUUGUGACUAUCCGAAAAAUGUCAUUGAUUGUCGAUGA